ACCCCCCUCAAGCCUUCUACCAAAAGACUGACAUUUCCAGGCGUGAUGUCGGCCCCCGUUUCGCCUUGCCCGCUGACGCUGGCCUCCACGACGCCGGGGGCCUCCCCGCUGCCCUCGCCCCUCUCGCCUCCGCCCAGGGUGCCCGUGUUCCAGAGGAAGGGCGCCCUCAAGCACAAGAGGAUCGUGGAAGUGAAAGAUCACCAGUUCACGGCCCGCUUCUUCAAGCAGCCCACCUUCUGCAGCCACUGCACCGACUUCAUCUGGGGCAUCGGCAAACAGGGAUUCCAAUGUCAAGUUUGCAGUUUUGUGGUGCACAAAAGAUGUCACGAGUUUGUGACCUUCACCUGUCCCGGCUCGGUGACGGCGCCCCGACCAGAUGACCUGAGGAGUCGCCACGCCUUCAAGAUCCACACCUACGCCAGCCCCACCUUCUGCGACCACUGUGGCUCGCUGCUCUACGGCCUCAUUCAUCAAGGCAUGAAAUGUGCCUGUUGCGACAUGAAUGUCCACCGACGAUGCGAGACCAGCGUCCCCAGUCUUUGCGGCCAGGACCACACUGAGAAGCGAGGCCGGAUCCACCUGACGGUGCGAGGCGAGAAGGAAGACGUCUUUGUCACGGUGCGGGAGGCUCGUAACCUGAUGCCCAUGGAUCCGAACGGCCUGUCAGACCCGUACGUGAAACUGAAAUUGAUUCCCGACCCGAAGAGCCACAGCAAACAGAAGACCAAGACCAUCCGCUCAACUCUCAAUCCGGUCUGGAAUGAGAGUUUUACAUUUUCCGUGCGCGGCCACCAGUGGGACCGGCGUCUGUCGGUGGAGGUGUGGGACUGGGACCGCACGUCCCGCAACGAUUUCAUGGGGGCGCUGUCCUUCGGAGUGAGCGAGAUCUUCCGCCGUCCCAUCAGCGGCUGGUUCAAGCUGCUGGCCCAAGACGAGGGAGAAUAUUACAACAUCCCCGUGCCCGACCCGGACCUGCAGGAGCCCCAGCCAGACGGUGUCACGCCCUCGCCGGCUCAAGUCGGCCCCGCCUCCUCGUCCGAGGCCCUCCCCGUGGCCCUGCCACUGACCCCCGCGCCCUCCUGUCCGCCUUCCCACUCUCACGGGCCGGGCAAGGGCAAGAUGGGCGUCCACGACUUCCACUUCCUCAUGGUGCUUGGCAAAGGCAGCUUUGGCAAGGUGCUGCUGGCGGAGGAGCGAGGCAGCGAGCGUCUUUUUGCCGUCAAGGUGCUAAAGAAAGACGUCCUCUUCCAGGACGAGGACACGGAGAGCGCCCUGGUGGAAAGGAGGGUGCUGGCGCUCCAGAUGCGCCCCCACUUUCUCACAUCGCUCUACUGCGCCUUCCAGACUGAGGAUCGGCUGUACUACGUGAUGGAAUACGUCGACGGGGGGGACCUGAUGUUUCACAUUCAGAUCAUCGGGAAGUUCAAAGAGCCUCACGCGGCGUUUUACGCGGCGGAGAUUGCGGUGGGCCUCUUCUUCCUCCACAGCAAAGGGAUCAUCUACAGGGAUCUGAAGCUGGACAAUGUGCUGCUGGACAGCGAGGGCCACAUUAAGAUCGCCGACUUUGGGAUGUGCAGGGAGGGCAUGUUCGACGGGGACACCGCGCACACCUUCUGCGGCACCCCGGACUACAUCGCCCCCGAGAUUGUGGCCUAUCAGCCCUACAACAAAGCGGCGGACUGGUGGUCUUACGGAGUGUUGCUCUACGAAAUGUUGGCGGGACAGCCGCCUUUUGAUGGCAUUGACGAGGAGGAGCUUUUCCAGUCCAUCAUGGAACAGUGCGUUUCCUACCCCAAGAGUCUCUCCCGCGAAGCCGUCGCCAUCUGCAAGGGGCUGCUGACAAAGCACCCCGCCAAGCGCCUGGGUGGAGGAGAGGACGCCGAGCGCGAGAUCAGGGAGCAUCCGUUCUUCCGCUGGAUCGACUGGGACCGUCUGGAGAGGCUGGAGAUCCCGCCGCCUUUCAUCCCCAGAUCGGGCGGCAGAAAAGGGGAAAACUUUGACAAGUUCUUCACGGCGGCCCCGUCGGCGCUCACUCCCUCCGACCCGGACGUGCUGGCGGCCGUCAACCAGGAGGACUUCCAGGGCUUCUCCUUCCUCAACCCCGAGUUUGCCCCCUCGCCGCUCACCGCCGUCUAAAAAUAACCUCGCCGAUCGUCGAGGUCGAUGCUAUUUCAUCCAACUUGACAGAUUCAAGUAGGCCGACAUUAGAGAGAGAUAGCCAGUGUUGUAGACCCCCGCGGAAGAGUCGUUUGGGGGGGGGGGGGUAAAUAGCUAUAUGACCUCAUCAUUUAGCAUGCGGACUAUGUAGAUGUUUUUUUGUUUUUUUUCCAUUGAAGUUACCAGAAAGAGAUGGAGCAGCAGAUUUAUUGCGAUUAGAGACUCGGUAAGCACUUGACAAAAGUUGCCCCUGCUGCACCGAAGGUUCCUCCGAUGACAGACACGGUGAAAGUUCUU